ACUCUCAGAUUUCUUCUUUGUUCCCCCAAUUUCUCAAAAACCUAAAAUCUCCCCCAUUCUACAUGGGCGAUGCCAAAGCGACGUCGUAUUACCUCCCUCCCGGCUGCCGAUUCUACCCCUCCGAGGAGCAGCUCCUCUGCUACUACCUCUCCCACCAGAACAGCGCCGGCCAGGCCAGCUCCGGCAACGGUGGCUAUGAUUUGAUCAAGGAGCUCGACUUGUACGACCACGACCCCUUUGAUUUGCCCGACUAUGCCUGCUACUCGUACGGCCACGGCGGACGGAGGCGGCACUGGUACUGCUACACGGUUAGGGUUGUGAAGGAGCGGCGGGCCAGGAGCGGGUAUUGGAGGAGGAAAGGAAGGGUUAGGGACGUCGUGGGCCGCGGAGGGAAGGCGGUGUUGGGCCGGAGGAGUAGCUAUGAGUUUUAUUUGGGGAAUUCGCCCAAGACGGCGGUGAGGACUGACUGGGUGCUCUAUCAGUAUGCUCAGGUUGAUCACGUUCAGGCCUCUUUUGUCCUGUGCCGAGUAUUUGUCAGAUCUCAGGGUGGAACUAGCAAAUCAGACAAUGGCUUAAGUUCUUGUGCUGAAGAAACUGUUUCCACAGUACGUCACAUUGGAAUUCAGCAUGGUGGAUUUUGUACUCCUCAUAUUGUUCCUGAGAUUCACGGUGACAAAUCUGUGCCUAGGAACACUGACAAGUCAAAAGAUCAAAUGACACUGGAGACUGAAGUUGAUAAGCAAGUCGAAACUGGGCCUCUAUCAAGUAUUCAGACUAAUGAACAGGUGCUGUCAUCUGUGCUCGGUGUUGGUAAUCCAUUGUUGCUUGAUGGUUUGGCCACCGAGCAUUUACUAUCCCUUAUAGAGGGAGACUUUAUAGAGUUGGAUGAUCUCAUCGACUGAUCAUUCAAUACUAAUCUUAAAACAAUUGGAUCAGUCUUAUUAAUCUGUGAUUAAAGAUUAGCUCACAAAUAGGUGAAGGUUUACCUUAAUUAUCAGGCUGAAAUAGCAGCUGAAGCGAUUAUUCUGAGGUGCUAAAUUUUGAGUUGUACAAUUGUUCUUACACUGUAAAUACACAUCCAAGGAUGAGAAGGGAAGACUAAGAACAUUAAUUUAAUGGUUGUGAAGUUCAGAGGCAGGAUCACCACCUGUAAAGAUUUGCUUGUGCCUCAAAGGCAUGUUUUCACUGGAAUUAGAAGAGUAGAAAAUGUCUGAUGAUGAUAAUUCUGAUAUCAACUUUAUUAGUAUCGGCUGCUUCAUUGAGCUACACAAUCCUGCUGCCUUUGUAUCUACGAUAUGCAAACAUUAUGGAGACAUCAAGUUUUCCAUCACCUCUAGUGCCUUCCCUUAGCGAAGGAUCUCUGAUUCUGUUUCCCGUCUUCUUUUUGUUAUUGCAGAGAUCGAUAGGCAUAUUAUCAAUUCUGGGUUUUAAGGAAUUUUCAGUUCAUGGUGGCAUUCAGUUAAACGAAUUGUACUUUUGUUAUGCCAUUGACAGAACUAUUAUCAGUUCUGGGUUUUAAGGAAUUUUCAGUUCAUGGCUGCAUUCAGUUAAACGAAUUGUACUUUUGUUAUGCCAUUGAUAGAACUAUUAUCAGUUCUGGGUUUUAAGGAAUUUUCAGUUCGUGGUGGCAUUCAGUUAAACGAAAUGUAGUUUUAUUAUGCCAUCUCUUGAUGCAGAGUGUUGGGAAAUUAUGUAUUGAGAUGCUUUCUACCUUUUAAUACUCGAGUGCAUUUUUAUGAA